AUUUCGAUUGCACGAGUUGGUCCAAAAUGUGGGCCUUCAAUACGGAGCGACUCUUUGAGAGCAGACGUAAUGAGCCCAGAAGUCGUCACUUCACGCCCCAAAGCUCAGAUUUUUCCAGUGCAAAAUAAAUAUAUAAACCCCGGAUUUAGGCCACACUCAAGCCUCUCGUUGUUGUCGGCCUCAUCCACGAAGUCAACGGACGCCAAGGCAAAGUCAAGCUUCCGUCCUCCUCCUCCUCCUCCUCCUCCUCCUCCGCCCAUCCUCCUGUCGGCGACUGCGAGGCCGAUGGCUCUCUGGACGUUAAUUUGCGAGGUCCUAUGGUGGUGGAACCUACUCGUUCCCCGCGCCGGGAAGGUCGUCGACGCCUGCUUCGGUGUCCUCUCCUGGGUCAAUUCUCUCUCCUGCCUUCUCGACGUCCAGGCCGACCUCCGAAAGCUCCGCCACACCGUCGACCGUAUCCACGACCUCCUCCAGGACGCCGAGGAGACCCGCUUCAUCGAGGAAAGCCACGUCCGCCUCUGGCUCUCCGGGCUCAAAGACAUCGCCUUCGACGCCGAGGACCUCCUCGACGAGAUCCAGACCCGGGUCAACGUCUCCAAGCUGCAAGAUUCUCGGAAGAGAAAGCGGCCUUGGCACUUCUUCUCGGUCAGCCCAGUCCUUCGGAGAUGGUUGAUUUCACGAGAGAUCGCCAAGAUCUGGGAGAAGUACAGAGCCAUUACCGAGCACCGUGAUUAUCUCCCUCGCAGGGAGGGCGAGUACAGGAGGAAAGCCCAGGUUAGGGAAGAACGCCUCCCUCCAGAGGCGGGCUCUCUCCAAGGUGAGCCCUUAAUCGUCGGCAUCGAUAAUAAGAAAAGGGAGCUUGUUCAGUUGUUGAUCUCGGGUGGGGGAGAUGGCGUUGCCGUUGUUUCAGUACUCGGUGCCGGAGGAAUCGGGAAGACGACGCUUGCCAGGCUUGCCUUUGGUGACCAAGCAGUGGUAAAUUUAUUCCCUUUGAAGUUUUGGAUUGGUCUUUCCCAAGGGUUCGAUGUGAAGAAGACUACAAAGGAGAUUAUUGAGGUAAUGACUGCAGAAAGAUGUGAUGCUUCGAACUUGGAGCUGCUGCAGCGCAGGCUUCAGCAGCUGGUGAGUGGGAGGAAGUUCUUAUUGGUGCUAGAUGGUGUUUGGAAUGAGGAGCAAUAUUAUUGGGAGAUGUUGCGGGCUCCUUUAAUGGCUGGAGGUAAUGGAAGCAGGAUUUUGGUAACUACUAGGAGCGAAUUGGUCUCGAAGAACAUGCGCACAUUGCCUCCAAUCCAUUUGAAUGGUCUCGAGGAGGAGCACUGCUGGUCGUUGUUUCGGGACCUAGCAUUCAAGCGAGGAGCUUGGGAUCGGCACCAGAACUUGGUGGAGAUCGGUAGGGAGAUAGUGGAGAAGUGUCAGGGAUUACCUCUAGCAGUCCAGUCGAUCGGCGGCCUCUUGUACAAUAAGACAGAUGAAGAGGAGUGGAGAAGUGUAUUAAGUGAUCUGCCAGAUCCAGAGCCAGAUGAUGAUGCCUACAGGAUGCUACCGACUUUGAAGGUGAGUUAUGAUCAUUUGCCAUUGCAUCUGAAGCAGUGUUUUGCUUUCUGUUCUAUAUUUCCCAAUGGUUAUGAGUUUGAUCGAGAUGAAUUAGUCAAGUUGUGGAUAGCAGUUGGUCUUGUUAAGCCUAGGGGAAUGAGGCCAUUGGAGAAUAUUGGUGGCAAGUACUUUGACUAUCUCUUAUGGAGGUCAUUUUUCCAUAUAUCUAGCAGCAGCAACCAACAAUCAAAACGGAAAUACAAAAUGCCAGGCUUAAUUUAUGAGCUAGCACAAUCUUUUUCUGAACAUCAAUGUUUGAGAUUUGAGAACAACGCAGUACAUGGUGAAUCAGAGAAUUCUCGCUAUGUGGUGUCAUCCCUUCAGAAUAUGGAUCCUAUAGCAUUUCAGAAGAUUUAUGAGAACCAAGGCUUAAGAUCAUUUAUAUUGCUUCCUGAAAAUGGUGUGCCCAUGAAGCAGGUUCCGAAUCAUCUAUUUCGAAAUUUGAAGCAUUUACGUGCUUUAGAUUUGAGACAGAAUGAAUUAGUUGCAUUACCAGAUGCUAUUGGAAAUCUAAUUCAUCUGCGGUUCCUCAACCUUUAUGGCACACAGAUAGAGAGGUUGCCAGAAUCUGUCAGUAACCUUUACAAUCUGCAGGUACUAGAACUUGGUGAGUGCAACAAGCUUCUAGAACUACCCAAAGGCACGAGCAACUUGGUUAAUCUACGGCAUCUGGGUUUGCAUCUGAACUGGGAUAAGCAUAGAAAUAGAUGGAUUGAUUUGAUUUCCAUGCCACCAGGGAUUGGCCAAUUAACUUCUCUACGAACAUUGUCAAGGUUCAGUGUAUCUGGAGAGAGUGGAUGUGGUUUGGGGCAGUUAAAAGACUUGGAUCUCCGAGGAGAACUAUGCAUCUCAAAACUGGAAAAUGUUGUCAAUGUGAACGAUGCUGCAGAUGCAAAUUUGAGGAACAAAAAAUACAUUGACUUUUUGAUGCUCAGAUGGAGUGAAAGCACCUACUCUAACUCGCUGGCUGAAAGUGGAGAACAAGUAAUCAAAAAUCUCCAUCCACACACCAAUAUCAGAACUUUAUGGAUAGAUAACUACAAUGGAACAUCAUUUCCAGAUUGGCUCCAGGAUCAGUCAUUUUCAAAUUUAGACACAUUGAGGCUCUCCAACUGCAGAAGAUGUGGAGUCCUCCCUCUAGUGGGAAAGCUGCCACAACUCAGAAAUCUCUACUUAGAAGGGCUGCCUGAAGUGCAAUACAUGGGCUGUGUGGUUCCCGAUAAUGGCAAUACUAUGGGUUUUCCCUUGCUUGAGAUGUUGUUUAUAGCAAACAUGCGUAGCUUGGAGAGUUGGUAUGAAGUAAUACAGGGUGAAAUGGCUUGCCUAAAAAAACUUGUCAUCUCAUAUUGCCCCAAGAUAAAAGAACUUUCCCACCUACCACGUUCUCUUGAAUAUUUUGAGAUGAGAAACUGCCAGAAACUGUUGUCUCUUCCGGUGCUUCCACUGCUUCAGGAGUUGGUGAUUAAAGGAGGCACUGGGGAAAUAAUCAGGUGGAUUCAUCAGCUCACCUCUCUGUCCUCGCUGACUGUUUCUCAAUUGUCUCGUGUUAAAUCUCUACCCAGAGGCUAUCUUCAUAACCUGAAAGUUCUUAGAGAACUGAAGAUUGAAGGAUGUGAUAAGCUUAAGUCAGUGGCCUUGCAAGAUCUUGCUUCUCUUGAACUUUUAGAGAUAUCAUCAUGCCAAAAACUAUCAUCCUUUGGUGAUGGGGGACUGCCUGCAACACUAAAAGAAUUUCGACUUCGUUUUUGUGACAAUCUCAAAUCCCUGCCAACCCGAAUGCAUCUGUUACCCUCUCUUAAUCAUAUGGAAAUUUGCAAUGUUCCAAUGCUCACAUCAUUACCGACAGAAGGAUUACCUUACUCCCUGAAAUAUCUAGCUAUCAGUGGAUGCGCAUUGCUGCAACGUUGUUGCGAAAGAAAUGGAGCUGAUUGGCCUAAAAUACAACAUAUUCCUUUAAGAGAUAUUUGUGAUAGUUCUUCGAGUUGA